GCUAGUCUCACUAUAAAUACUCUUUCGCGUGCCACUCUCCAAGCAUCACUACUCGCUUUUGCUGUGAUGAGUAAAAGCUUCUGACUGAAAGAUCUUUCGUUCUAUGCAAGGGACAAUAUCCCUGCUUGCAAGGUCAGCUGAGGAUUGUUCUUUGUUUUCAUUCUGUGCAAAAUAAUGGUUUCAUAAAUCCAAAUGGAGUAAAUCCCGUAAGCUCUUUUACAGAGCUUUCAUAUUUACAAGAUGAAUCUCCAAGUAAAUGUUUUCUCAAGUGUGUUAUUUCUCCCAAAUACCUCAAGGAGUAUCGGAGGGUGAUAUCCGUUGGAGAUGGGAUUCAAUGCUGCUCUGGCAGAUGCCGGAGAGUUCGGACUGUAUCAGAGGCUUCUCUGUUUUGUUUUCUUAUUGACUGCUAUCGCAUACCUUUCAUUAAGUUAUUGGAUCCAGAUUUUCAUUUUAAUGGUGCCUGACCACAGAUGUCGGAGCGACGACCCGCGGGCGGAAGCGAGCAAUGACAGCAGGUGCCAACUAGGGAACUUUUCUUCCUUGGGAAACGAGUGGGUAUCUUCAAAUGAGAGCGCCUCAAGAGGAACCGGUUGCCCCCAGGGAUGGGAAUAUGACUUUUCUUCACUUUUUCCCACAGCUGCCACAGAGAACGAUUGGGUUUGCGAGAAUGCCUGGAGGGUAUAUGUUGUUCAUACUUUCUAUUGGGUUGGGUCCAUCCUCGGCCAGCUUCUCUUCGGUUGCCUCACCGAUAGGUUCGGCCGAAAGAAAACCUUUUGCUGGGUUGUUCUCCUGUCUGUUUUAUCAAAUAUGGCAACUAUACUGGCACCUGAUCAUGUGACUUUCACUGCCGCUAGAUUUUUAACGGCGUUUGGCAUUGCUACAAUAUCAACAACAUCUUUCAUGAUAGUUAUGGAGUACACGGGCCCAGCAAAUCGAACUGUAGUCCUUUGUACUUGGGCAGCAUCCUGGACAUCUUGUGCUGCUAUCCUACCAUGGAUUGCUUACGUCUUACGGAACUGGAGGUGGUUACUUUGCGUGCCAUUUCUACCAGCGUCAGUGCUGCUCUGUGUAUCAUGGUGGGUACCUGAAUCCGCAAGCUGGUUAAUGACCAAAGGUCAAGUAGCAAGAGCUGCUGAGUUGCUGGAGAGGGUGGCGCAAGUUAACGGCAAAAAUCUUGAUACGCAAUAUUUCUACGAUAGACUAAGAAAUUCAACACUGGACCAAAAUGAGACAAAGCCAGAAAAGAAAGAGUCUUUUCUACAAACCUCUUUAGGUCUCGUUAAAUAUCCUAAUAUGAGGAAGAAAACAUUGGUUCUGCUAAUAUCCUGGUUAAUUAUUCAUCUGUGCUACAAUGGAAAUAGCCUUCAGACGAGUAAUUUGCCUUUUAACACGUACGUCUCAUUUUCUGUUGGAGCCUUUCUGGAGAUUCCUGUGAACAUGUUCUGCAUAUUAUCUCUGGAUAAAUUCGGCAGAAAAUGGCCUGAUGUCAUUUGUCUAUAUAUCGGAGGAAUUCUUGGAAUUAUUAGUGGAUGUUUAUCUAAAAAUGCUGUGCAUGAAGUAUUUGCCAUGGCAAUGCUUGUCCGCAUCACUUUUGCUGCUGGGACAAAUAUCACUUUUCAGUACACAGCCGAACUGUUCCCCACCGAAGUUCGUGGCAGAGGCCUGUCUUUGCAAAGAAUGUUCGGAGCAAUCGGCAGUUGUUUGGCGCCCACCGUUGUCUUUUUGGCGGAAAUCGAUCGACUGCUUCCAAUGCUGGUACUUGGUAGUUUGUCGCUUGUAGCUGGUUCAUUGAUCAUCCUAUUGCCAGAGACGACGGGUCAUCAAUUACCUCACACUUUAGAAGAAGGCGAAAAAUUCGGUGCUCAGGAUAAAAUUUGCUCUUUCUUCCCUUCAAGGAAUAGGAAAGCAGAAAAUGAUGGAGAAUGGAGAAAUGGGGCCAAAUUCGGAAGGGAUAAUUUGGCAGCUGAUGUGCCUCAGGAUAACGCUUUGCUUAUUACACACGAACAAAACUUGUCAACUACUAGAACAUCACUGUCAGAAAUGGGUUUCAACGAGCUUUUAACAGAAUGUGGAGAGUUUGGUUUAUUUCAAAAAUUUUUAGCAUUUGCAUUUUUAAUGCCCUCAAUUAUUUCAGUAUCAUGUACAUAUUGGACUCAAGUUUUCAUACUUUUGAUCCCUCCUCAUCGUUGCAAAUUAGAUCCUGAUGAUAAUGACUAUUUAAAUGCAGCUAAUUUAUCUUUAACAAGCAAGGAUGAAUGUCAUUUGUAUCGAAAUCGUGACUUAAAGCCAAGUGAAAUAGUUCCAUGUCCUUAUGGAAUUGUUUAUGAUUACUCACUAUACUUUCCUACUUUUGCAUCAGAGCACGAUUGGGUCUGUGAGAAUUCGUGGAAAAUGUAUCUUGUUCAUACUUGCUACUGGAUUGGAGUUGUCCUCGGGUCUAUCUCACUCGGCUUUUUGAGUGAUAAGUAUGGUCGUAAAAAGGCAUACCAGGUGGCUGUUAUGCUGACAUUAAUAUUUGACGUUGGAACAUUCUUUAUCCAAGAACAAAUAACUUUCGUGAUUUUCCGAUUCGCAUCAGCUUUUUUUGGCAGAAAUUUAGCAACAAUGUCCUUUGUAUUGGCUGUGGAAUAUACGGGACCGAAGAAACGACGGUUGAAUACUUUUAUGUGGUCUUUUCCUUACUCAAUUAUCUGUAUAGCUUUACCAUGGGUUGCAUAUUAUGUUCACCAUUGGAAAUAUCUCCUAAUUAUUUCUUGGAUCCCCAUGAUUAUAGCAGUCAUCACAUCAUUCUUUGUUACAGAGUCAGCAAGUUGGCUGAUAACCCAAGGACGUUUGGAAGAGGCGGCUCAGUGUGUCCACCGAAUGGCCAGGAUUAAUGGCAAGAACAUGGAGAAAGAUUACAUAAUUGAAAAGCUUAAGGAAGAACAAAAACAAUACGAGGAGGUAAAAUCUCAAGGAAAUUCUAAACCUUCAACAAGAGGUAAUCGAUGCAACUCUAAAACUGAUGAUGAGAAAACAGAUAACCUGAAAAAGAAGAACGAGGCUCCACUUUUCAGUAUCAUCUUACAGCUUAUACGAUCUCCAAACCUGAGGAAAAAGCUUAUUUUUCUCUCUGUGAUUUGGUUUGCCGCCAGCAUGUGCUAUAAUGGUAAUAAUUUAGAAUCCAGUAAUUUACCUUUUAACAUGUACAUCGCAUACAGUGUCGGAGGACUAACUGAGAUGCUUGGGAUAUUUUUUUGCCUUUUUACUAUAGAUAAGUUUGGUCGGAGAUGGACAAAUGCUGGUUGCUUCAUCUUAGGUGGUGUGCUAGGAAUAGUCAGUGCAAGCAUCGAUACAAAACAAGCAAUAAUGGUCCUUGCUUUGGCAAUGAGAUGCUGCUACGCCGCUGCAUAUGAUAUUACUUUCACGUUUACAAAUGAGUCAUUUCCCACAGUCAUUCGUGGAAGAGCCAUCUCGUUCGUUCGCACGUUUGGAGGCCUGGGAAGCACUGUGUCUCCCUUUGUUGUACGUUUGUCAGAAAAAGAAGCACUAUUGCCACUGGUAGUUUUUGGGAUGGUAGCAGUGGCUUCUGGGGUUCUGACUAUAUUUUUACCUGAAACUGCGAAACAACAUCUGCCACACGAAAUGGAAGACGGUGAGAACUUUGGCAAAAACCAGCCUUUUUGGUUUUGCCCCUUUUCUGAGAAACCACUCAGAGAAGAAAUGGAAUAUCAAAGGAAAAUAUAUUUUUGGAUGAGUGAUAUAUCCGAAGAUGGCAAAGAUAAUAACAUGCAAGUGAAAUGCAUUAGUUUAAAAAAAUUGGAAAAAUAUUAAUGCUUCUCGAAGCAAAAAUCCUCCAUGUAAAAAAGACAGAAUGGUCAUCUGCGAAUAUCAUUCUUCAUCCGCGUCACGAAUGUAGCAUUCAAAUCUUUGCACUUACUUUGGUUACUUAGUCUAUAAAUAUUAAUCUAACUUUGGAGCUAUUUUAAGAAUAUCAUUACAACGUGAUAUAUUAAACAAAUGUUUUUAGUUUGCCUA